AUGCUAAGAUACUUUCUAAAGAUCUCAACUUUACUCUUAUCCUUGUGGAUUUAUAGUCUUGAGGUGGCGACCGUAGAUGGUGAACUGAUUUUCUGCACCGCAGGGUUUACAGUGAACAAAGACAAAACUGAUGCAGUCUGUAAGAAAAAUGAUCUGAAUAAUGUAAAGAAUUAUGAUUGCCCUUAUUCAAGAUGUUGGUGUCAAAAUCAUCAUUGGACCCCAUUCACAGGAUGCCGGCUCAAAAAAUCAAAAAUCAAAGGCACAAGUAAUCAAGACUGUGCGGAAUAUGAUUCCCUUCCAGACCGCACUUUCAGUUGCAGGAACCCCGCAGGCGUGGAUUAUAUAUGCGAUCCAAGUCCCGGGAGUCCUGAUAUUCCUCCGAUGGUUUGUGACAAUUGCAAACAGGGUAAAUAG